UUAGGUGUUGAAAAAUCUCCCAGGACUUUGGAAAGCUGAAUGGACUAAACAUGAAGAGUUUGAAAGCCAAGUUCAGGAAGAGUGAUACCAACGAGUGGAACAAGAAUGAUGACCGCCUGCUGCAGGCUGUGGAGAAUGGAGACUCGGAGAAGGUGGCCUCUCUGCUGGGCAAGAAGGGGGCCAGCGCCACCAAGCAUGACAGCGAGGGCAAGACCGCUUUUCAUCUUGCAGCUACAAAAGGACACGUGGAGUGCCUCAGGGUCAUGGUUGCCCAUGGUGUGGACGUGACUGCCCAAGACACUACUGGACACAGUGCUUUACACCUGGCAGCCAAGAACGGACACCACGAGUGCGUCAAGAAGCUUCUUCAGUCUAAAUGCCCAGCUGAAGGUAUUGACAGCUCUGGGAAAACAGCUUUACAUUAUGCAGCGGCGCAGGGCUGCCUACCAGCUGUUCAGGUCCUCAGCGAACACAAGAGCCCCGUAAACCUCAAGGACUUGGAUGGGAAUAUCCCGCUGCUUCUUGCAGUACAAAGUGGCCACUGUGAGGUCUGCCGCUUUCUCCUGGAUCAUGGAGCAGAUGUCAAUUCCAGGGACAAAAACGGAAGAACUGCUCUCAUGCUGGCUUGUGAAAUUGGCAGCUCUACCAUCGUGGAAGCCUUAAUUAAAAAGAAUGCAGACCUAAACCUUGUAGAUUCUCUUGGACACAAUGCCUUACAUUAUUCCAAACUCUCAGAAAAUGCAGGAAUUCAAAGCCUUCUAUUAUCGAAAAUCUCUCAGGAUGCUGACUUAAAGAACCCAACAAAACCAAAGCAGCAUGAUCAAGUCUCUAAAAUAAGCUCAGAAAGAAGUGGAACUCCAAAAAAACGCAAAGCUCCACCACCUCCUAUCAGUCCUACUCAGUUGAGUGACGUGUCUUCCCCAAGAUCAAUAACUUCAACACCACUUUCGGGAAAGGAAUCAGUAUUUUUUGCAGAAGCACCCUUCAAGGCUGAGAUUAGUUCUAUACGAGAAAACAAAGAUAGACUAAGUGACAGUACUACAGGUGCCGAUAGCUUAUUGGAUAUAAGUUCUGAAGCUGACCAACAAGAUCUUCUUGUGCUGUUGCAAGCAAAAGUUGCCUCCCUUACUUUACACAACAAGGAGUUACAAGAUAAAUUACAGGCCAAAUCACCAAAGGAGGCAGAAGGAGACCUAAGCUUUGAUUCUUUCCAUUCUACCCAGACUGAUGUGGCCCCACCCCUGGGCAAACCUAGUGAGGCCUCUUCCCCAGACUCCAAAUCAUCUCCAUCUGUCUCAAUGCAUUCUUUGGGGAAACCCACUCUUGACAGUGAUGUUAGAAUUCAGCAACUACAAGAGAUUUCGCAAGACUUGCAGAAGAGAUUGGAGAGGUCUGAAGCAGAGAGGAGGCAGCUACAGGCUGAACUCCAGUCCCGAAGGACAGAACUGGUAUGCUUGAACGACACAGAGAUUUCAGAGAAUGGCUCAGACCUCAGUCAGAAACUUAAAGAAACUCAGAGCAAGUAUGAGGAGGCAAUGAAAGAAGUCCUGAGUGUUCAGAAGCAGAUGAAACUGGGUCUCUUGUCUCAUGAGGGUGUAGAUAGCUAUUCACAUCUCCAUGAGCUGAAGGUCACAGACAGGGAAAUAGAUAUGCUAAAGCAGGAUCUACAGAACGCAUUAGAAGAAAGUGAAAGAAAUAAAGAGAAAGUGAGAGAGUUAGAGGAAAAACUUGUGGAGAAGGAAAAAGGUGUAGUGAUUAAGGCACCUGUGGAAGAGUAUGAGGAAAUGAAAAGUUCAUACUGCUCUGUUAUUGAGAAUAUGAAUAAGGAGAAAGCAUUUUUGUUUGAGAAAUACCAGGAGGCCCAAGAAGAAAUCAUGAAAUUAAAAGACACACUAAAAAGUCAGAUGACACAGGAAGCCAGUGAUGAAGCUGAGGACAUGAAAGAGGCCAUGAACAGGAUGAUAGAUGAACUCAAUAAACAGGUAAGUGAGCUGUCGCAGCUGUACAAAGAAGCCCAGGCUGAGCUGGAGGAUUAUAGGAAGAGGAAGUCUCUAGAAGAUGUAGCAACUGAAUACAUCCACAAAGCAGAGCAUGAGAAACUGAUGCAGGUGACAAAUGUGUCCAAGGCCAAAGCGGAAGAGGCACUGUCUGAAAUGAAGUCCCAGUAUUCAAAAGUAUUAAAUGAGUUGACCCAGCUCAAGCAAUUGGUGGAUGCACAGAAAGAGAACUCUGUGUCCAUCACAGAACAUUUGCAAGUGAUAACUUCACUGAGGACAACUGCAAAAGAGAUGGAAGAGAAGAUAAGCAGUCUUAAAGAGCACCUGGCGAGCAAAGAAGUGGAAGUGGCAAAAUUGGAGAAGCAGCUCCUAGAGGAGAAAGCUGCUAUGACUGACACAAUGGUACCUAGGUCUUCCUAUGAAAAGCUCCAGUCAUCCUUGGAGAGUGAAGUGAGUGCAUUGGCAUCAAAAUUAAAGGAUUCAGUAAAGGAGAAAGAGAAGGUCCAUUCAGAGGUUGCCCAGGUUCGAAGUGAGGUCUCACAAAUGAAAAGGGAAAAGGAAAACAUUCAGACUCUUUUGAAAUCCAAAGACCAAGAAGUAAAUGAACUUCUGCAAAAAUUCCAGCAAGCUCAGGAGGAACUUGCCGAAAUGAAAAGAUAUUCUGAGAGUUCUUCAAGACUGGAGGAGGAUAAAGAUAAAAAGAUAAAUGAGAUGUCAAAGGAAGUCACCAAAUUGAAGGAGGCCCUCAACAGCCUCUCCCAGCUCUCCUACUCAACAAGCUCAUCCAAAAGACAGAGUCAGCAGCUGGAAGCGCUGCAACAGCAGAUCAAACAGCUCCAGAACCAGCUGGCUUGGUUGUUCUCCAUCGAUGGCAGUGGCAAGAACCUUUUCUCAUUAGGGGCCAGAAUCUCUGGUAGUUGUGUAUCUACACAUACACAUACUGCUUCUUGGCCCCUCUAUUUCAACCAGGAAAGUCCUUUCGAUAUCUGUAUGGGUUUCCUAUGGCCACUGUAACAAAUCACCACAAACUUGGCUUUAUACAACAUGAAGUUAAUAUCUUAUGAGUCUGGAGACCAGAAGUCCAAAAUAUGUUUCACUGGACUAAAGUGAAGUUGUUAACAGGGCUGAUUCCUUCCUGAGGCUAUAGGUCAAAUAGGCUCCAUCUCUUUGACUUUCCAGCUUCUUAAUGCCAACUGCUCUCCUAGGUUCAUGACCCCUUGCUGAUCUUCAGAGCAUGUCACUUGAGCUGCUUUUAUCUCCCUAUCUCCUUCUUUUGACUUUCUUGCCUCCCUAAUGUAAGGACCCCUAUUUUUUACAUUUAAAGCCCACUCAUGUCAUCCAUGAAUAUCUUUCUCUCCAUCUCUAAACUCUUAGUACCAUCUAUAAUAGGCAACAUUCAUAGGUUCUGGGGAUUAUGAUGUGGAAAUUUUUUGAGGACCAUUAUUUAACCUAUCACAGUAUCUGUUAAGGUUUUAGUUGACAAGGUACGUUACAUUUUCUAUAUGAAGUCAAGGUUAGCUUUCCAUGGAUUCUCUCUAGCUUCCUUUCACAAGCAGAAAAUGGAUUUGAUUUCUUCAAAAAUUUAACAGUGGUGCUGGGGGAAACACGUUUUCUACAGUCCUUACUCUUGCUGGCCACAAAGUACAAAUCUAGCUCUUUAUUAACAGUUCUAGCAAUGGUGGAAUCAGUAGGAGAUGCUCCUUACUGGGUUCUGCAGGUUACUUUCCUGACAAAACAAUUAUUCUAGAUUUGUAGAUAAAUUGACUUAUAUAGUAAUCCUUACAAGUAUUUAGUGUGUUUAUUGAGCUCUCAUGUAUCAGUAGUGCAUAUGAUGUCAAUGAUAUAAAAAUGAAUAAAACACAGCCCCUGCUCUCAGAAUCUGUUCUCAAUAUAAAUUGGAAUGAUAAUCAAGCAUCCAGUUACAAUAAAAUGCCUAGCAUACUGUGCUUAAGGAGGAAACAUAUCAACUCACCAACCUGGGUGAGUCAUGAAAAACUUACUACAGGUGGUAAUGCUUGCAUGGAUCUUGAAGGGUUGUGUAAGAACUCAUACUUAUUCAGCAACGACUGAGAUGCAUCACUUAGGUGGCCCUUGGCAAUAGGCUGACAGUAGAAAAAUGAAUUAAGCAGACAGGUAUCUGAUGGGAUCAAAGAGUCAUAGAAGGGGUCAGAGGCAAGUAAGUUUGCUAGAAAAAUAGAUUGUGGUCACAGAGUGGGAUGCUUUCAUUUGAGAUUUCAGAGAUGGUUAUGAUAGAGGCAGAAAUAUGACCUUGAGAGCAAGUAGCUAAAAGAAAGAAGAACAAGUCAUAGAAACUGAAAGACACAGAUUUUAGAUGGGUCAUUCACUUAGAUGUUGAAGUCAACAAAAUGAUGAGAGAAGGAGAGAUGGAAAGGAAGACAGUGAUCAGAAGCUAAAUAAUUGUAUGGAGAGAGCUGAGAGGUAAGAAGGAAACAACAUAGAGAGGUACAGGCUUAGUGUCCCUAAUCCAAAAAUCUGAAAUCUAAAAUGUCCCAAAAUCACAAAUUUUGAGCACCAAUUUUGUAGCAUUCGUGAUUUCAGAUUUUCAGGUUAGGGGAUGCUCAACCAGGAAUGUUUAUGCAAGUACUCCAAAUCUGAAAAAAAAAAAUCUUAAAUCCAAAACACAUCUGCUUCUAUCCAAGGAUAAGAGAUUCUCAGUUUGUAUCAAAUGUACCUUCUUAUGGCAUGAACUUCAAAGAACUGAGGGUUCAAAGAUUGUCCUUUAAUAAAAAAAAAAUAGCUCAUAUUCUAACACUGGUAGGAAGGAGGUGAGAAGAGGUAUUUCUGCACAUUUCUAAACUUCUGAAGUAAUCUAUAUUAAAUGGUCUCAAUUUUCAUGAUGAAGUAGUAGAAAGGACCUCUUAGAAUGAGAAUACUUCAGGGAAGAGUUAGGAUCCUGGAUACAUGUCACUGAGAGAAACCAGAGUUAAAAUUCAACAAGGAGAAAUAAAUCCAUCAACAGCUGUAGUGAGCAACCAUUUGAGAUUGCCUCCAUAGUACACUGACAGCUAAUAAUUGAGCUGCCAGGGGUUAUAGAACACUGGCUGCACAGGGUAUGAUCAAUAACUGUCUUAUAAAGAAUAGAUUAUUGAGUUAAUAAAUAUUUAGUGAUUAUAGAAAAGUCUAAAAUUACAAAAACUCUAAAAAGUUCCAUAAAUAAAAAUUGCCAAUAAUUCACCAACUGAGGAAAUUAUUUUUUGCAUUUAAUCAACUUCCUUACACUAUUUACUAUGAG